GCAGCUGCCCUGGCUCAGUGACCUCCCCCUGCCCUCCCCUGUGCACACACACAGGGCACAUGUCAGGGCUGCUGAUAAUUGGGUCAUGCUCACAUGCCUGGCACAGGGGGCACGAUGCCACCCAGCACCCAGCUCAGGGCCACCGACUCUUUGUGUGUCUCCCAUGGAGUGACAAAUAAGAAAAGGAGAGGAGUGUGCAGCAAGCUGCCAUGCUACCCCCAGACAGACUGCAAGUAGCCUGCCCUCCCCCCCAGCCUGGCACUCAUUGGCUGGGAGCUAGCUCCAUGCCCCCCUCCCCUUGUGUCAGGCAGCUGCAGCACAUUUGAAUGUAUAUAGGGUGGGGGUGGGUUUGCAGGGACCACUUCCAAUGAGCCAUCUGUCUCCCGGCCAGCAGCAGCAGCAGGCAGAGUGUCAGCUCUGGGAUCAGCCUUCCAGCCAGCCGCAGCCAUCAGCAUGGUGCUAGUACACGUCGGCUACCUUGUUCUUCCAGUCUUCGGCUCUGUACGGAACCGAGGUGCCCCAUUUCAGCGCUCCCAGCAUGCCCACGCUACCUCCUGCCGUCACUUUCAUCUGAGCCCUCAGCCUCAGCUCUCUGACUUCCCUCUCCACCAUCACCCGGUACAGCCGCAGCAAGGGAUGGCGUCUCACAUGACCACGGCUCACCAGCAUAAUGGAGCACUGCACCAGCCCCUGCCGCCUCUGACUGGUCUACAGUUCCAGGAGGUGGCAGGACCCUCCUUCCUACCUCAGGCCCUACACCAGCAAUACCUCCUCCAGCAGCAGCUUCUAGAGGCACAACAUCGCAGACUCGUUCCUCACCCCAGGCGGACUCAGGAGCGAAUGUCUGUCCAUCCACAUCGGUUACGUCCGGGCUUUGACUUCGAUCAACAAGUACAGAUGUCCCAAACGUUGGGGCCUAGGUACUUGGCUGAAGGAACAGACUGGGACCUCAGUGUGGACGCCGGACUGACGCACACCCAGUUCCAGGUCAGGCCCGUCCCUCAACACUAUCAGCAUUAUUUAACGAGUCAUCGCCUGCACCAUUUCCCGAGGACCACGUCGCUAACACAAAUGGUUGUCCAUGAAAUCAGAAAUUACCCUUAUCCGCAGCUCCAUCUCCUUGCCCUCCAGGGUCUCAGUCCAACGCGGCAUACGUCUGCUGUGAGGGAAAGCUAUGAAGAACUGCUGCAGUUAGAAGACAGACUGGGAAGUGUGACGCGGGGAGCGGUGCAGAACAUCAUAGAAAGGUGCACGUUCCCACACAAGUACAAGAAGAGGAUACCGCAUGACGGCAAAGACACAAAGGAAGACGAGGAGGAGGCUGACACAGACGAGAAGUGCACAAUCUGCCUGUCUAUGCUUGAAGACGGAGAGGAUGUGAGGAGAUUACCCUGUAUGCAUCUCUUCCACCAAGUCUGUGUGGAUCAGUGGUUAGUCACCAGUAAGAAAUGCCCUAUCUGCCGGGUGGACAUUGAAACGCAACUUGGAGAAGACAGUUGAGAGUUGAGGGACCUUCGUCAGGAUUCCCAUGUUCCCUAUCAGGUCACGUGGCCAUUGCCUGCAGCAAAACUUUGCCUUCUGAGCCAUUUUAAUUAGAGGACAGCUUGCAAGCACAUAUUCUGUAGAUGAAUUGUGGGCAUGCAACAAUAUUGGAGGACCCUAACAGCCAUAACGCCCUACUGGAAGCUGGCCUUCCUAGAGCCAAAAUGGGGCCGACAGCUGGAGACGAAGACUAGCUCACGAAGGUACUAGUGUGGUAGUCGUCUGGCUUGCCAAUCCUGCACCUCAAAGGAUUGUAUAUAUACCUCUCAAAUAAGUAGAAUAAAGUAGGGGUACACGUAGCUGCAGUAUUUAUGUGGGUGGCACCUGGAGCAUGUUAGCUUAUUACAAAAAAUGUUCUGUGUUUGAUGCCCUAGUCAUCUUGUGGUGGACAUGUCGCUAUUAGCCUAAUUUUGCACCAAAUAUUAUUUCUUAAUUUUAUUUUUUAUUUAUAUUAUUUUAUUUCUUGGUUUUUUUUUUUUUUUGGUGCUUGGAUGAGCCAUUAAGGUCAAUACAUCAAAAUUUCCCAACUUCCAAAAUACGAGGCCAAGAAGAUCCUGUUUACAGAUAAAAGGAUGAGAUUUGCAGCCUCAACUUUGUUAUUUUACUUUACAUAAAUAAUUUAUUUAUUACUCUUGAAUUAUGUUUACAGAAGGAUUUAUAAAGGGCAAAGAUUGCUGAGGUUAUCAAUUCUUUGGUUUACUCUGCUGCUGCUGCCGGGCAGAUUCUCACAACAGACAUUGUAGUCCGUUCCCCAAGUUGUUGUAUUUCAGGUUCCGCAAGAGUAUUAGUAAGAAAAUGCCGGAAUGGAGAGCGUGGAAUUACAGCCAUAGUUGUCCAGGGCUUUCCAUUUUUAGAAACAGCUGAUUUAAUAACACUGCUAGCACAAGCCCCAGAAAAUAUUUACAGCACAAACUUAUAUGGGACCCCUGUUAUAGCACAACAUGAAAGUGAUUAUGGAACCCACUGACUUAAUGUGAGUUAUGUGAGGGAAAUAAGUCAGCAAAUGGUAAUGCUCUAAAAUAUUUUUUAAAAAUCCACUUUAUAAAUAAAUAAUUACUGUAUUUUGGUUUGGAUCCCGCUACCAUUUGUUGGCUUUGGGAGUCUCCUUACCAGUAUAUAUAGGGAGUCACUUAUUCACAUUUAUUUUUAAAAGUGAAAAAUUCCUAUAAAUUAAAAAAGGGAUUUUCAUGUUCCUACUUUUUUUUUAAAUAAGGGGCCGUCAUGCUGUUUUGCUUAAAUGUAACUGAUAUCAUCCUUAAACUUGAGCCCUAUAUGAUAAAUAUUAUAAUUCUAACUCUAAUGAAAUUCAUCAUAGGAGCAUUUAAUCAAUUACAUUUUGCAUCUCCACUAAUAAUUACUAUAUUGUUAGGCUUGAGGCUCCAAUUUAAAAAUAAUAAUAAUAAUAAUAAUAACAACAAUAAUAAUAAUAAUAAUGAUAAUGAUAAUUAUUAUUUUUAUAAUAAUAAUAAUAAUAAUAAUAAUAAUAAUAAUAAUUAUUAUUAUUAUUAUUAUCUAAAUUGGACAAAUAUCAGGAGCCAAAAUGCCUCUAAAUUUGGGUGCACCUGUUUCCUGGCCUGCCAAAACCCAGAGGAUGAGGUUAACUUGGUACUGAGUUCUGCAUUACCCCUAAGAUGAAUUAACAUGCACAGGCAAGGCUUACACUUAGGGUGCUGGCACACUUUAGUGAAUAUAUUGAUCUUGUUAAUGAAGCUGAAGCCGUUCAAUAGCUCAGUCCCAACUCCUCUUCUCUAUUAACUUCACUUUCAAUUUUUCAAAAAUUCAGUGACGUCACUAGUGCCUGGCCAGAGCUCCACAGGAAUCCCAAGAGCUGACGUUUAAUGACUGCAGAGAACAAAUGCCAUUUAAAGCCUUCAAUAAGAGCACAAUUUACUUGAUGUUGAAACAGAUGGAGAUCUGUUUGCUUGUAAGCAGUCCACUAGGGAAGCAACUGAAGAAUACAUCAAUUGCCAUUGUAAUACUCUAGCAGGAGAGUUUGCAGAACGUCUGUGGGAUCUGGCGUCCAGCUUCAGCAGAUCAAACCAUUUCCACAGGUGUAACAAUAAAAAUGCUCUAUUAUUUUGCCUCUUUGUAUGAUAUACCCCUUGCUUCCUUAAGUGCACGGUAGGUAGCCUUUGGAGUUUUGAUCCUAAAAAGUAUUAAAUUAUUGCCUAAUGAACAAGCACAUUUUUUUCUAAAAACGUAAAGUUUUUAUCAAGCUGUAUUUGUGUGUAUGAACCCUAAAAACAGUGAGCUGUAAUGUCACAGAUUGUAUUGGUGUUAUGGGUACCACGUGUUCAAUAUCUUGUGCGAAUAGAAAGCUAUAGAGUGAUUUCAAAUACGUAGGAAUCAACUGUUGAUAGUUUACAGGGUUUCGUGAGUUUAAAUGCCUUAUAUUUAACAAUCAUAAUUUAUGACUAACUUGUAGAUUUUUUGUGGGUUCUUAUUUAAUUAUUUUUAUAGUUGUUUUGGCCUUUUUAAUUAUAAUUUAUUUAUUUAGAGAUGAUACUAAUUUUUUUUAAAUAUAUAUAUAAAUAUAACUCCUAUUACCUCAUUUUCUGCAUUGUUCUGGACUGGAAUGCUCUGCAUGUGAAAGUACUUUUAAACAAAUGAUAUCUUGUAAAAAAAAUAAUUGAAUAAUAUUAAUUCAGGGUGUGUGAUUAUGAACUGUAUUACUGUGGUGCUGUUACCUUGGAUACAUUCCUUACGAAUGCAAACUUUCUGUAUGCUGUGACCUAGUGGAUAACUGCAAUAUAGUGGAUGUGUUUAGCACAUAUAAAUAUUAUUUGCACUCAUAAUCAAACCGAGUUGACCUUUUCACUUUCCUCAGCGUCUAUUAAAUUAUUCUUGCUUGAAAACUUGAAGCCAAAUAGAAUAUAUUAGUUUAUCAGGGUGAGGAAUCAGCAACAAACACAAUUCCGUAAUGAAUCUGUUUACCGACCUAUAGGUGGCAGUGCUGCACAGCUUCGGAAUACCAGGUUUCUCCAGCCAGUGAAACGCGUCGCUGCUUAUAUUCAAUGGAAAUGGCUAUUGCAGUGUUUAUACAUAAGAAGUUCUCUUUUGUUAUAAGAAAUUAUUGAAUGUUAUAGAAUUUCUAAGCAGGGUUGCCAACCAUGACUGACUUUACUGACAAUCAGUAAAAAAAAAAGAAAAAAAGAUCACAGAUAAAUAAUUAAAAAAGUAGUUGUAAAACUCAGACCCCACAGUCACUUCAGUAAUACAUAAAGAAGUGCAAAUAGAAUAAUGUUUAGUUUUUUAGGGUUGCAAGUCCUUUAAUUAAAAUACUGAUUUCCAUGUGUUUUGCAUAUAGUGCUUGUGAUACUGCAUAAAAAUACAUCAGUAUAUUUAAAAAAAAAAACAUUUUCAGUAAAAGUAGUUUCAAGGGUUGGCAGUCCAGCAUCUGAGCAGCUACUGAAUGCUGAAUUUGAUAAUUAAAGCUGGUACCAGAUUGGUUGAAAUAAUUUUCAACGCGUUUCGCAUCAUAGUAUUUAAUUACCAUUCUGGGUGUUGCAAAAAUGUAACUGUUGCUUUUACAGAUAUGGUAUGAAAGUUGGCCCACUUUUCCCUGUGUUUAUAAAGUAACUGGUUAUUUAAAGGAAAACUAUAUACCUAAAGUAUACCUACAUUAAAAGUAUCACACGCGAUGGAGUAGAUUGCAAUGUUAAUAAAUAUAUAUAUAGAAAAAUUCCAAUGUACAUUUUCUGAAUUUACAUUUUUUUAAAUUAUUGGAAGUACAGUUAACUGCAACGUUAGUAAUACUUACUUUCAUUCUAUAGCGUUUUCAUGUUUUUGCAAUAUUUAUUUCCAAGAUAGCUGCUGCCACUUAGACGUAUGCACAUAGUAUGAAUGUAGAAGAUGCACAAUCUGUACAAAUAUAAGAUACAUUUUAUCAAAAACAUUUUUGCUGUUUAAAAUGCGAAUUAAACCUAUCUACAGUAUGACCAAGUUAUAUUUUUCCUUUAAGAACCAAAGAGUCAACUUGCUGUAAUAUGACACAUUUAAUAAUUUAUUGUGCAACCUGGUAGAAAAUGUAAUAGUCUCGUAACUGAAGUAAUGAUGAGGAAAAUUAAUGUAAAAUAUCCAAUUAUUGUAUGUUAAUCUCAAACUCGCACAGGAUACUUUUAUAAGGGGCCUCUUCAGUAGGCUUUGAUAGUAUGUUACAUUGUUAUCACACCAAGGUACUGUCCUAUAGACUCCGGUGAUGGGUGUUAACUGAAACAUUGUUACACAAGCAUAUCAAAUGCAUAGGGGUGUGUACAGUUUAGCUGUUCUUACAGUCACCUGGAUUUGAAGGGAUGGGCUUCAAUAUUCAAUAUUCAUGGCGGGGGUGUCCUUAUACGGAGGCUCAUUUUGGGUGGAUCAGGCAUGAGUCAAAGUGAUAAAAACAAAUAUACUAUAUAAAUAUAUAUAUAUAUAUAUAUAUAUAUAUAAAAUAUCAAAAAUAGAUUCCCUUUUGGCCAUGCUAACAUCAAAACCAAGCUGCACCCCGCUAAUGGAGACCAAAUAGAUAAUAAACAAAACGAUAUACCUCAGGUGCGCUCAUACAUUCUUAAUAGGUAGUAUACCUUUUUGCAAAUGGUCACUCAAUGUUACACAAUAUAAUAAAAUAUUCAGGAAACUUAUAUCAAAUUAGAUACCUGAAAGUUUUAUUCCUGGUAUAAAAACAAAGGUUGGUAAAACAUAAUUUUAUAAAACAUGAUACAUAUAGUUGAUAUUAGUUCACAUAGAUGGUAACAAUUUGACCUGUCCAAUUUCGAAGGAUGCAAUGUUAGGUUAUUACCUCACCCUUUAUGGGUGUGAGCUCUUUAGGUGAAGAUCCUUUUUAAAAGGUGCAGGCGAUUACAAAAAGGAUCCAAGAACAAACCUACGCGUUUCGCCCACACAGGACUUCAUCAGGGGUAUGGUUCAAAAUAAUCGGUUAAAUACACUCUUAACGAGGAUUAGUUAUCUUCAAAACAGUCGAAUCCACAAAUGAGCUUUAAUAAGCCGAAUUGGUCAACAUGCGGUAAUAACCAUAUAAAAGUGUCGUAGGGGGUCUAAAUGGUAAUAGCCGUACCGACUUAAUCACUAUGAUAUGCGUUUCUCCCUCUGAUCAGCAGCAAUAGUAUUGCUGCUGAAAAGCCCAAAGCAAUAUAACCUUUUCCUCUAUAGCAAUCAUUCUGCAGCCUCGUCCUUUUUCCUGCGAGGACUGAAGUCCAUCUAUAGCUCUUUGGAGCUUUCUUGAAGAGCCAUGGACAGAUUGAAGCGCCCCAGCACUGUAGGUCAUGGUGCAAGAACACCAGGUGCUGUACACAGAGGUAGAAGUUUAUAUUGAGGUGGGAUUGACCAAAGGUCGACCAUCCUAGUUAAAUGUCCAACUGCAAAAAGGUCUAUUUCCGGUGGGUGAUAGCUCCCGCUCACCACAACUAGGCCGAAAGUGGACUUCCUUUUCAGAAUAUGAAAACACACAAACUCCCAGAAGUUUCCCCAUCACAUUUUCAAACUCUUUUUCUAUUGCAAAGUCUCAGCCGACAGAUCAAACUCAUCGAUACAGUCAUCUGAGAGGUUGGCAACUAUGCUGUACCCCUCAAUUAGGCCGUGUCCAUCUGUUGGGCUGUUAGCUGGCCAAGCAUACGACGUCUGGCGCUUCCUUUGCCAAGAUGACCACAUUCAGUGUAAAUGGAAGUGACCUCUUCAGCUAUAGUGCUAAUGGAUAGUUAGUCCCCUGUUCAUUUUCAUAAUUAUCGGAGUUACAUGCAGCGGGUAAAUGGACAGUACAAUUCGAUGUGGAGAGCAAGCGACACAAAUUGUGAGGAGGAUUUCUGAACACGCCGGGAGCGGAGGUGAUGAGAAGAAAGCGUUGGAAGCUUUCAAUUACUAUAUGCAAAUUAGUUCUAUGCAUAAACAGCCACGUAACUUGCAUCUGAGAAAUUGCUCCUUCUGAGCAAUACAGUCACUUACUCAUUGCACAGUUAGAUAACAGAACAACCAGAAAUAGUCAUUAAUUACAAUCAAGUUCACCCAUCACCAGGCAGAGGAGGGCAGCCAUUGGCCGGGCAGAAGCAAUACAGCUGCAUCUUAUCAAUUCAUAUUGCAUGAGGCACAAUACAGCAUUUUCAGGAUGCCCUUUAUUAACAUCACACCGGUACUUUACCCCAGAGCAACCACUUAGAUGUUUACUUGCAUUAUUCACUCUUACACUAGACUGAUCAAAGCUCAAACCUGAUUGGUUGCUAUGGGAUAUGCAAAUUAUACGUUAUGGUAAAUAUAAGUAAAACUUUGUUGAAGUGUGAGAUAACAAUUAUUGGAUAUUUUUCAUUACUGCUGGAUGUCAUUUGCUGCUACAUACAUAAUAAUGUAUAUUAAAAUAAAGGGAUAAUGUUACGUGAUUUUUAAAUAACCUUAGACAUAUUUAAAUAAAUACAUUUUUCAGAUCUCAUUUGCUAUGGUUCGCUAAGAAAAUACUGUUGUCAUCUCAAAAUCUGACCAGGCUAGCCACAUUACACUGCAUAAAUAUAUAUAUAUAUAUAUAUACACACACACACACAUAUAUACACAUAGGGGGUAUGUAUAAGUCACGAGAUGUAAUAAGUUCCAAGAUAACAGAGUCGGAUUGGUUUUGUCGAGAUCAACACUAAAUUUAAAGGGCCAAUUAGUUAUAAGGCUGGUUUUGCCUUAUAAACGUUUGCCAUUUAACCCGACUCUGUAAUCUCGGAGCCUAUUACAUCACCCCCUCCCCACAAACUUUUGUUUCAGUACAGUUACUGAAAUGUAUGAUUCGGCAACCCCAAGGGGCAGUAUAAUAAUGAUAAUUAUAUUAAAAAGGACAAGAGGAGGUGUUUACCAUUGCUACCAAUCAGAUUCUAGCUGUCCUUCAUCUAGUACACUGUAUAUAAUAAUAGCUACAAUCUGAUUGGUUGAUUUGGGCAACCCCUCCAAUUUUCCUUUUCUUUGAAGUUUUAGUAAAUCCACCCCUCUGAGCAUUUUCCCAAAUCAUGGCCUUUUAUACUCUAUUUAAACUUUACCCAGUGAGCAGCCAUAUUGUUUGGGAGGAGCCAAUAUACAUUGUGUUAUCACGUAUAUUGGUUUAUACCAGGAAGAGAUGUGCAGAGGUGACUUUAAAUAAACCAUGAGAUACAAGUGUUUGCGGGAACAAUAUUAAGCUGUUAGAAAAAGCUAAUUUAGUGAUUUAGUGGAAAAGCUUUGAAGCCAGUCUAUAAUGGGUGUAACAAGAGUUGUAUAGUGUGUAUCUUACCUAGUGCGUUUAUGUCACAAUUCUUCGUGCCAAUUAACUUUUAAGAUGCAAAGACUAAAACAAAAAAAUGUAAAAAAAAUAAUUAAAGAAUCUCAGAAUUAGUUGUUUAAUGGCGUGGGUGAGGGAAAAGGUCAGUCUCGGUUUUGUAAUCCCUACUGCUGUCUGAUGUGGUGUGGUGCAACAUUUUGUUACAUAUAGACUAUUUUAUAGUAAAAAAAAAUGGUAAAAAAUUAAGAAUAAAAAAUGCUAGAAGAUUAUUUAUUAUCAAUAUGAAAGCAAUAGUGCAUUACAAAUGAGACAUUAGAAAUUGUGUACUUGCUUCAAUUCACAUUUUGUGGACUUUUUUUGUACUUUAUUUAUAACUAAUAAAUUAAAUUG